AUGAUGGAGAAGGACAAACUCCAGGUCACAGGAUCGCAGCGACUCGCAACGCAGCUUUUGCAACAGAGCCGGUUCGUUAGACGAGAGGCCGGGCCCGAUGCGUCAGGAAUCCGCGAGGAGGAUUUGGUUGAUGUUGAAAAAGAGCCUGUACACGGCCUGGCUAAGCAUGGAAGCCCGCGCAGCGUGGGGUUUUGCGCGCCAGUCAUUCUUCUCCGUCCCAGGGCCCAGCUUUGGUGGGGUGCACCGCAAAUCGCCAACCCCAGCGCGGGAGCCGCUGGAGCUUCUGCGCUCGAGGCAAGCUUGGCAAGGGCCCUGAAGAACGGCGCUGGCUGGUAG